UAUUUAACUUGAUUUUUUCUUCUUCUUGCUUUGCAUUGCAUCCUCUCAUUUUAGUACCAUUGCCACGAGUUACUUGUUUUUAUAGUUCUUCAGAUCAAGGGAGACUGUCUCUAUUCAUUUCUCUGCCCAAGGAAAAACUUAUUUCAGCUUGACUAUUGUAUAUAUUCUAAACGUGGUUUUUCUUGCCUCCACUUUGAUUUGUACCUAGGAUGGGUUGGGGAAAAACUUACAUAAGGCGUUUGAGAAUAUUUGCAGCGGCUAUGAUGAUCUAUCUGGAUUAUAAGGCUAUAGAGCAAAUAGAUAAAUGGACCAUCAACUCCAACAGAGAUGCACUGUGGGAUAAGGCUCAUGAACGCAAUGCGAAGCGUCUUGCCAACUUGGUCAUAGAACUGGAAGGUUUUUGGGUAAAACUUGGACAGUACUUAUCCACACGUGCUGAUGUUAUUCCUCAUGCAUAUAUAUCACAUCUCAAGCAGUUACAGGACGCUCUUCCUCCUCGUCCCAUACAACAGGUUUAUCAGACUAUAGAGAAAGAAUUGGGAAAAUCCAUUGAUGAUCUUUUCUCAUAUUUUAAUCGGACUCCUUUGGCAACAGCAUCAAUUGCACAAGUCCAUCGUGCAAUGCUUAAUAAUGGGAAGAAGGUGGUUGUUAAAGUUCAACAUGAGGGCAUUAAGAUAAAGAUGUUGGAGGACUUAAAGAUUGCCAAGUCAAUUGUUGACUGGAUAGCGUGGUCAGAACCACAGUAUAACUUUAAUCCCAUGAUGGAUGAAUGGCGCAGGGAAGUUCCGAAAGAAUUUGACUUCAAUAUUGAAGCUGAGAAUACAAGAAUCGUUGCUAGUAAUCUUUGCAAAAAGAACAAUGAUGAUGGCAAGCCUGUGAAAUCAGUGGAUGUUUUGAUUCCAGAGGUUAUUCAGUCAAGUGAAAAGGUCCUGAUUUUAGAGUAUAUGGAUGGGAUUCGUUUGAAGGACAAUGAAUCUCUUGAAGCUUACGGUGUUGACAAGCAAAAAGUUGUUGAAGAAAUAACACGAGCCUAUGCCCAUCAAAUAUAUAUUGAUGGAUUUUUUAAUGCUGACCCACAUCCCGGAAAUUUCCUGGUGAGCAAGGAACCUCCACAUCGUCCAGUUUUGCUCGACUUUGGCUUUGCGAAGAAAAUAUCUACUUCUACGAAACAAGCACUAGCAAAAUUGUUUCUUGCAUCUGCAGAGGAGGACCAUGUGGGUCUUUUGUCUGCCUUCGCAGAAUUGGGGCUCAGGCUGCGCCUGGACAUUCCAGAUCAGGCUAUGGCAGUAACUAAUUUAUUUUUUCGCACUUCAACACCAGCAAGUGAAGCUUCUGAAAACUUGAAAUACUUGGCCGAGCAAAAAUCAAAACAAAUGAAAGCGAUACAGGAAAAGAUGAAGCUCAAUGAAAAAGAAUUUAAACGCUUUGACCCAAUUGAUGCGUUUCCUGGAGAUGUUGUAAUAUUUUCACGGGUCCUUACUCUUCUAAGAGGGCUUUCAUCCACAAUGAAUGCUCGGAUUACAUUUCAAGAAAUCUUUAAACCAUUUGCAGAAUUUGCCCUACUAGGAAACGUUAAUAAGGGACCAGCAGUUAAUGCACAAUGGAUCUACAAUGCACCAUCUCAUUCUGAUGUGGAGAUAAAGUUGAGGAAGCUCUUAGUUGAGCUGGGAAAAGAAGAAAAAAUACUUGGAAUCCAGGUAUGUGCCUACAAAGAUGGCAAUGUUAUUAUUGAUACUGCUGCGGGAGUACUUGGUAGAUAUGAUCCUCGCCCGGUUCAGCCUGAUACCCUUUUUCCAGUGUUUUCUGUAACAAAGGGAAUCACGGCAGGAAUGAUACAUUGGCUGAUUGACAAUGGAAAAGUCAAACUUGAUGAAAAUGUUGCUGAUGUGUGGCCAGAAUUUGGAACAAAAGGAAAAGAUCAGAUAAAGGUUUGUCACGUUCUAAACCAUACAUCUGGUUUGCACAAUUCCUUGGCCAAUCUUAAAGGAGAAAAUCCUUUGCUAAUGUGUGACUGGGAAGAAUGUAUGAAUCAAAUUUGUACGUCAGUGCCUGAGACAGCACCUGGCCAGGAGCAGUUGUAUCACUAUUUGUCUUUUGGUUGGCUAUGUGGUGGAAUAAUAGAGCAUGCCUCUAGCAAGAAAUUUCAAGAGAUUCUCGAAGAGGCAAUCAUUCGACCCCUCAAAAUUGAAGGCGAGCUAUAUGUUGGAAUUCCUCCUGGUGUGUGUCAAAAAUCUUUACAUCAAUCUUCUCGCAUGCAACCUUCUCAAUGUGUGGAAUCUCGACUUGCAAGUCUGACGGUAGAUAUGAAUAAUCUCAGCGAUCUUUUAGAGAUAACCAGUCGUCCUGACCUACCAUCUUCUUUCCAGCCAACCAACAUUUCUCAACUAGUGACGACCAUGCCAGCUUUAUUCAACUUGUUGAAUGUUCGCCGUGCAAUCAUACCUGCUGCUAAUGGACAUUGCUCCGCCCGUGCUCUUGCACGCUAUUAUGCAACCCUUGUUGCCGGUGGCAUAAUCCCACCGCCACCUUCCACUUUCUCCAAGCCACCACCACUUGGUAGCCAUCCCCACAUUCCUCAGUUUACUUCUGAGAAGGCCUCUAAAAGGGGAAAAAGUAAAACUAGCGGUGGCAGUGCCAGUAAUGCUACCGCUAGUGCAGCUGACAACUUUGCAAGCGGUGAUGAUUCUCAAAAAACUAAUGUUGAGAGGAUUUUUACAAACCCUAGAAUUCAUGACGCAUUCUUGGGCGUGGGGGAGUACGAGAAGUUGGCCAUACCGAAUGGAAAAUUUGGACUUGGAUUUAGGAGGUUUAUUUUAAAUGAUGGAUCCUUUAGUGGAUUUGGGCACUCCGGCAUGGGGGGAUCUACAGGUUUUUGUGAUAUCAAAAACAGGUUUGCCAUUGCAGUGACGCUGAACAAAAUGUCGUUUGGGGGUUUGACAAGACAAAUCAUUCAGCUUGUUUGUUCAGAGCUAAAUGUCCCAUUGCCGGAGGAUUUCUCAAUUUCUGGCAAUAGAGGACCUGAUGUACUAUUAAAUAUUGGGGGAUCACUGAUUAAUUAAUAUAUGAGAAAAAUCUCACUUUGGUACUUA